GCCCCGCCGGGCGCCCGGCCCCGCCGCCCCGCUUCCCCCGCCCCGCCACUUUGCGCCGUCCCCGCGGCGCGGAGCCGCGCCACCCUCCCCGUUCCUCCGUCACCGCGGGGGCUGCGGAGUUCCGCGCGGGCACCCUCAGCUGCGGAGGACGGGGAUGGCUCCUCCGGGGAAAGUUGGCGCUGCCGCCGCCGUGCCGUGAGGGGAGCGCCGCGGGACGCCGUCCGUCCGUCCGUCCGUGUUCGCGUGUCCCCCACGCCUUCCCGCCCUCUCAGCGCCCCGGAGAAGUUGCCGCCGCUCGCCGGGGCGAUGGCAGAGGCUGCCGGCAGCAGGGAGCAGCCGGCGGCGGGCCGCGCCCCUCCCGACGCCGCUCACCGUGCCGAGGAGGAGCCCGAGCCGGCUUCGCUGGACGCCCCGGCGGCGACCGCGGGCAGGAGGCGGGAGCGGCGCAGCGGCGUCUCGGCCGUCGGCACCGCCGAGCGCUUCCCCGGCGGCAGCCUGGGGACGGCGGCGGCACCCGACCCCGACGCCGGCCUGCUGGAGGCGGCCAAGGCCACCCCGCGGAGGAGCAGCAUCAUCAAGGAUCCUUCAAACCAAAAAUGUGGAAGAAAGAAAACAGUGUCCUUCAGCAGCAUGCCAUCAGAGAAGAAAAUAAGCAGCGCCAGCGACUGUAUCAGUUUUAUGCAGGCUGGGUGUGAAUUGAAGAAAGUUCGUCCAAAUUCCCGGAUUUAUAACCGUUUUUUUACUCUGGAUCCUGACCUGCAGGCUCUUCGUUGGGAGCCUUCCAAGAAGGACCUUGAGAAAGCCAAGCUUGAUAUUUCUGCUAUAAAAGAAAUCAGACUAGGGAAGAACACAGAAACGUUCAGGAAUAAUGGACUCGCAGACCAGAUUUCUGAGGACUGUGCGCUGUCGGUAAUUCAUGGUGAGAACUACGAGUCCCUUGAUUUGGUUGCCAAUUCAGCUGAUGUGGCCAAUAUUUGGGUAUCAGGAUUAAGGUACUUGGUUUCUCGUAGCAAACAACCCCUGGAUUUGAUGGAAAGUAGCCAUAAUACCCCACGGUUUGCCUGGCUAAAAACUGUAUUCGAAGCAGCAGAUGUUGAUGGUAAUGGCAUAAUGUUAGAAGAUACAUCUGUGGAGCUAAUAAAGAAGCUUAACCCCACCUUAAAGGAGUCAAAGAUUAGAUUAAAAUUUAAGGAAAUCCAGAAGAGCAAAGAGAAACUGACAACACGAGUAACGAAAGAGGAAUUUUGUGAAGCGUUCAGUGAACUUUGCACAAGACCUGAAGUUUAUUUCUUACUCGUGCAGAUAUCUAAAAACAAAGAGUAUUUAGAUGCCAAUGACCUCAUGCUGUUUUUAGAGGCUGAGCAAGGAGUGACCCACAUAACAGAAGAAAUGUGUCUAGAUAUUAUACGCAGGUAUGAGCUUUCUCAAGAAGGGCGAUUGAAAGGUUUUCUUGCGAUUGAUGGAUUUACUCAAUACUUGUUGUCCCCAGAAUGUGAUAUUUUUGACCCAGAGCACAAAAAAAUUGUCCAAGACAUGACACAGCCUUUGUCACAUUACUACAUCAAUGCAUCCCACAAUACAUAUCUAAUAGAAGACCAGCUCAGAGGGCCAGCUGAUAUCAACGGUUAUGUCAGAGCUUUAAAGAUGAGUUGUCGGAGUAUUGAACUAGAUGUCUGUGACGGCCCAGAUAAUGAACCCAUUAUUUGUAACCGUAACAACAUGACAUCGCCACUUGCCUUUCGAAAUGUUAUUGAGGUAAUAAACAAAUUGGCCUUCUUUGCUUCAGAAUACCCCCUUAUUCUCUGCUUGGGAAACCACUGCUCAGUACCACAGCAGAAGGUAGUGGUACAACACAUGAAAAGGAUCUUUGGAAACAAACUAUACACAGAGGCACCUUUAUCCUCAGAAGUCUACCUCCCAUCACCCGAGAAACUGAAAAUGAAGAUCAUUGUGAAGGGGAAGAAGCUGCCCUGUGACCAGGACAUAUUAGAAGGAGAAGUCACGGAUGAAGAUGAAGAGGCUGAAAUAUCCCGGAGACUGUCAGAGGACUUCUCAAGGGAACCGAAGCUGAUCUGGCUCUGCAGGGAAUUGUCCGACUUGGUGUCCCUAUGCAAGUCUGUCCAAUACAAAGACUUUGAGACAUCCAUGAAAGCUCAAAAUUAUUGGGAAAUGUGCUCCUUCAGUGAGGCAGAAGCCAGUCGGAUUGCAAAUGAAUACCCUGAAGAUUUUGUCAACUACAAUAAAAAGUUUCUGUCCAGGGUGUACCCAAGUGCUAUGAGGAUAGACUCUAGCAACUUAAAUCCUCAAGAUUUUUGGAAUUGUGGUUGCCAGAUAGUGGCAAUGAACUAUCAGACCCCAGGGCCCAUGAUGGACCUACACACUGGCUGGUUUCUACAGAAUGGGGGAUGCGGGUACGUUCUCAGGCCUUCAGUAAUGCGUGACGAAGUGUCUUACUUCAGCGCAAAUACCAAGGGCAUUGUUCCAGGGGUCUCUCCCCAAGUUCUACAUGUCAAAAUAAUCAGUGGUCAGAACUUUCCAAAGCCCAAGGGUGCAUGUGCAAAAGGGGAUGUCAUAGACCCCUAUGUCUGCAUAGAAAUACACGGCAUUCCUGCAGACUGCACUGAACAAAGAACUAAAACUGUUCAGCAAAACAGUGAUAACCCCAUUUUUGAUGAAAGCUUUGAGUUCCAGAUCAAUCUACCAGAGCUGGCCAUGAUCCGUUUUGUUGUUUUGGAUGAUGACUACAUUGGGGAUGAGUUCAUAGGGCAGUACACCAUCCCGCUGGAGUGCUUACAGCCUGGAUAUAGGCACAUACCGCUGCGAUCUUUUGUUGGUGAUAUCAUGGAGCACGUUACCCUCUUUGUUCACAUUGCUAUAACCAACCGAAGUGGAGGCGGGAAGGCCCAAAAGCGCAGCCUCUCAGUGAGAAUAGGAAAGAAAGCAAGGGAGUACACUAUGCUGAGGAACACCGGUCUCAAGACUAUCGAUGAUAUCUUUAAGUUGGCAGUGCAUCCGCUACGAGAGGCUACUGACAUGAGAGAAAAUAUGCAGAAUGCUAUGGUGUCUGUCAAGGAGCUGUGUGGGCUGCCGCCCAUCGCAAGCCUGAAGCAGUGCAUCCUGACCCUGUCCUCGCGGCUUGUGAGCAGUGACAACGCACCCUCCGUUACCCUCUGCAUGAAGGACGCGUUUCCUUACCUAGAGCCUCUGGGGACCAUGCCCGACGUGCAGAAAAAGGUCCUGGCAGCAUAUGACCUGAUGAUUCAAGAGAGCAGGGUUCUCAUUGAGACGGCAGACAUCACUCAUGACAAGAUUGUUCAGUGCCAGAAAGCAGGAAUGGAAUUCCAUGAAGAGCUUCAUAACCUUGGGACAAAGGAAGGUUUGAAAGGAAGAAAAUUAAGCAAAGCCAUUGAGAGUUUUGCAUGGAAUAUCACAGUGCUGAAGGGCCAAGGAGAUCUCCUGAAGAACGCCAAGAACGAAGCCCUGGAGAACAUGAAGCAGAUCCAGCUGGCGUGCCUGUCGUGCGGACUGAGCAAAACUGGAAGUGGGCAUGCGGAUGCCAAGUCAAAACGGUGCCUGGAGGCAAUACAGGAGAAGGAUGCCGGAGAUGAGAACGGGAGGCUGUGAGGGGAGGCAGAGCUGUCACAUUUGUCACAGAUUUCAAUAACUCUAAACUAUUUUUUUAAAGCAUUUAAAAAUUCACACAGGAAUGCCCUCUACAGGGUGUUGAUAGUAUUCAAAUCUUCACAAUGUCAGUAUUUUAAUGCAGUUAAUUUAUCUAAGUUAAACUCUGGUAGUGAGAUUUCUAAUGAAGCCAAGCUGUCUGUAUGCAAGUGCAUGUGUGUGUGUGUGCGCACAUGCAAAUCCUGUAGACGCCCUUUCAUGCAUUACAUUAGCCAUUUGCUAAUUUAUUCCUUUGUCAUCUUUGAAUAGGCCUGUUCAUUCUGAAGAUCAAAACAAAUAGAAAGUACUUGUAUCAGUUUUGUGCUUUAUUUUACUCUCCAGCUUUUAUCAUUUAACUUAUAGGUUACAUUACUGUUACGCUGUUUAAACAAACAAAGAAAAUACAACAACAAAUGUCACCGACAGCUGUUUUUGUGAGGGCAAAACCAGUAGUUUGCUGCAGAUCCUGAACAUGAUUUUUAAUGAACAAUUUAAACCAAGUAAACAAGAUAUUAAAUGGUCAGAGUUGCUGGAUAGAUUAUGAUUAGAUUUGAGGUGUAUAUUUCACUGAAUUUUAGCAAACAGCUCUUCAGGAUACACCCAGUUAGCACGUACUAACAUAAGAACUAGCUGAUUUAUUUCAUUCCAGUAAAUCAUUGCUACCUUGUAGAUCUCCAGGACAGUUACAGUCGUUGCUGAUAGGCAUUAACUCAUGUAGUAAUGAACAUAGCUAGUCAGCCCUGUAGUUAGGAGGAGAGCUGUGAAUAUCCUUUGGUGAUCAUGAACGCUGAAGGUGAGCUUCAGGCCGUUCUGAAACACCCAGUGGUGCCAGUAUUGGAAGGAAGGUUUUACAGAUUUCACAAACUGUGAGCUUUACUACAAGAGGUGUGAGAGGUCAGAUCUUGCUUACCGCCUUCUGCUUAGAUGUUGAAGCCAGUUGGAUGAAGCAAGCAGGAUCUGGCCUUACAUUGUUGUGGUUAAGAAUCAUGCUGUGCUAGAAAUUUGAAGCAAGGCUGCAGAACUGCUACAGAUGUAGUGUAGAGAAAUAGCUUGGGGAAAAAAAACAGGGUACCAGCAUUUUUGUGCAGCAGUUGCAAAUAUCCUGACACGUGUCAUAUGUUUAGGGUAGUUCUGAGAAUUGGAUGCCUCUUUGUGCUGCUGUAGAAAGGAAACGGAGAAUGUCACAAAGAAAUGCAUCCUCGUCCCUCCCAGUGUCCAGCUCAUGUACGCUCACAACAUUCAUUUCAAUUGUUUAAGUACUGUGCUUGAGUGUAGUAUUUGUGUUACCUUUAACAGGACUAAGUGUUUUAUGGUUAUAAAAAAGACUAUAUUUAUUUAAAGCAUUGCUUUUAUUUUGAAAAGCUACUUUUUAAAUUAAUUUGAUUAACAAAUAUGCUAAUUUUCUGAACUUAACAAAAAGUAAUUGCUGAAAGUUUGACCAUUGAAGAAUCUUAUAUAGCUAUUGUGUUAAGUUAUUUUUGACUUCUCAAUAACACUAUUAUGUUCAUGUUGCACAUUACUGAGAGAGUAAAGCUAUGAAACAACUUUGACCCAUGUUUUUAAAGUGAUUUAAUACAGAAGGUAACCUGUGAAACUUGGAUAAAUGUGGGUUAGAGUGGGUAAGUUGGUUGAGAGAAGGUCCUGCUCUAACAGGACCUGUAUUAUUGCAAAGGUUGUAACUCAGAUGCCUUAAAUACCAUUUCAGUAGAACUUGCCAUAUGUGUUCAGAUCCAGCCCUAAAUCCUCUGUUUAUCUCUCCAUUAGAUUAUGAGUGUGUAUUCAGCCUUCACUGAGGUCUGGAGAGGGGUGUCUUUUGUGUUUCAGGCAGGGCAGAAAGCCCAGAUCAAUGGUGGUCUAUAUAAGCACAAGUCCUAACCUGCUACUACAUUGUUUAAAAACAGCCACCAGAGACUCUUGUGUGGACUCCAAGAAAGUGCAUUGCUCACUGUCUCGAAAAAUGAAGCCAUGAUGGGAAGUGCCUCCUAUCAUACCCAUCAUUUCAGCCUAUCACCACCCUCCUGGGAAUCUUCAGUUCCUCAACAGAACUGGCUGGAAACCUCCCCUCAUGCAUCAUUUCCUGAAGAAUUCAAUCAGCUUAGCAGGAAAGGCUGAAAGCCAAAAGCUACAAAUAAGCUAAACUUUAUUUUGGUGAACGGGACACUAAAUGUAUCUGCUGCUUUUCUUCUUUUUUCUUCCUUUCAUUUUUUUUCCUCGUCAUCCUCAUUGUAUGUGAAAGAUCGCUGAAGGAUGGAGAGCCUCACCCUGCCUGCCUGCAUGAACUUGGCUAUUGAUCUAUAUAGCAGCAGGACCUGGGGUUUCUUGCAAGUUGUGAGCCAUGCCUCGGGACUGGAAUGCCAGUUCCAUUGCCUGUAUAUGCUAAGAAGUGACUGUUGUGAAAUAGAGUGAAACUUCCAGUAGAGUAUUACAUUUGUGUGUGUUUGGAUUCUGCUGGGAAUAUGCACGUUUUCUGGAUGUCAUUCUCCAGGAUAUGAAAGAUGCUUCUGAAGAGGAAGGAAUUUACUUCUUGGGCAAAUUCACUUACAACCAGGAUGGGUCCCCCAUGCAGACUUUCAGGUUGGAGAACUAGGUGCACUCCUGUGGCCUGCACAUCCAUCCCAAAUACGCUCUCCAAAUGCUGGCUCCUCUGGAACUACUCAGUACCCACAAGUACUGUGGCCCUGCAUGAGCCCCACACAGGCCUUUAGGAAAAUAAAUGAAUAUGACAAGCAUACAUUAAUCAGACCAAUAUGCGGAGGCAAAUGGAAAGAAUUUUCCACACCUAAACCUGAGUGUCAUUCAUACUACACAUGUAUUUACCGAAUUCAACCAGAUGGGAACCCUGUCCUCUGAAGAACACAGUUGUGAAGAGCCAGAAAAUAGAUCAUUACAUCUGGUAACUGUAUUGAUGUGAGCUGAUAACAGAGGUGGAUGCAGAGCGAUUCUCUCCAUUCCUUCUGGAUUGCACUGUGAUGGGAGAGAUGAUAAAGAAAAUUUCUGCUGUGCAAAUGGUUAUGAUUAUGAUUAUGAUAGAUGAAAGCCCCUCUAAAGAUGACACUUUCUUGUUCUCUUUCUUGACCUUCUGGUAUAUGUUGAGUCUUGGUUGCUGACUAAAGUGGCAACACAGAUAAUCAAGAUUUAAAGGCCCUAAUUCAUAAAUCUAAUAACAACACUAAGAGAAGCUGAGGUGUAACUCCUCUUACUAGUGUAACAUUAAUGGAACUGGUAUCACAUUUUUCCCUGUAAAAUAGCUAAUUCUGCAGUGGGGCUGAGAAAAGGAUCUGGGUUGUCUUUCAGGCUCCAGUGGGCUGACCAUUAGGAAGGAAGCCGUCCUGCUGCCUUCACUAGGAAGAAAGGGACACUGUGUGAGAGACACUUUUCAAAGCAGUUUCUCAUGUUCAGCGCUAUGUUGAGGAAUUUGGCAACCUGCAGCUAGGGAUACUUAGUGGUGUCACUCAGAAAGGGGAUGUACUGGCUGUGAGCUGACACGGGCCAGUUUGAGUUGCUAUGGUCCUCAAAAGGGACUUUGCCAAAAAAGGAGAAUAAUUCAUCACCUAUUAGAACAUCUUUUGGCUGUAGUAUGCAAGCAAUUUAGUAGAGUCUCUGUAUAUGAGUACUGGCAGUCUUUGAAACGAAAGAAGUAGGGUUGCUUUGUGUGCACUGAAGAAUUUUUGCUAUUGACUUCACUGGAGCCAUGAUUCUUCACCAGAUCCAUAUCCUGAAGGCCUACAGCAGCCUUAAAAAGGCUACUGCAAAUUUAUAAAUCAUAAUCACAGUCCUCAGUUGACAUGACAACCAGCACCACUCCUGCUUAUGAUCUAGCCCUGCAAACCUGUAACCCUCUGUCUAUACUAAACUCAGUACUCAUUCAUGAGAUUCCUUUGUCCCUACUUUUUUUUACUGGAACUUUUGUUGACAAUAAAGAGCAUCUUUUUUAAAAAAAGUGUUUGAAGGCAAAUUAUACUCCUGGGUACUUAGUGCUUCAGUGUUUGGGCUUCAAACACUCUGGGACAUGCUGAUUUGUUUAAUAGCUAUAGUCCUUGCUGGAAUGUUUUAAAAUUGUGUAAACAUUCCUACUAGUUUUAUAGGUUUCUAAACUGUUUUUUUAUGUGGGUACAAAUUUAAGUUGACAGUGUACUUUCCAAGCUUCCAUUAAAUAGGGCCAACUGGCUAUUGAUAGAGGAAUAUCUCUGAAAUAGCUUUAUGAUGUCUUGCAAUGGAAGACUUUUCAUUAACCCCGAUUAGAAAAAGAAAAACAACCUACCAUGCAUUUGUAAGUCUUUUAUCAGUUCUUGCUGUGCCCUAAUGUCUGUGGGACUCCUGCUGGUGGAAAGGGGAAGAGAAGAGAGUGGAAAAAUCCAAGGAUAAUUUAACAAAGGAACGUAUUUUCACUGUACAUUGUGUGGCAAAUGCCUGUUACUGUUAUCAUGCAGCCACCAAAGAUCUCAAUGCUUUGAAAAUUCUCACUUAUGUGAUGCAGUAUGUUGGUGCUUUCCUUACAUAACUACGUUUUACCUCUCUUCAAGUGUGUCAGUGCUGCUUUAAAAGAUCAGUAUAGAAAACUUCUGCAACUAUACUGUCUGAUUUCAGUUUUCCUUAAUUUGGUGUCAGCCAAGCUCCUACAGUUGCUUGUGGAUCCAGAUGAUUAAAAGGGACAGAGCUGAACCUGCUGCAUUUUGGGGAUUUAAGUCUACUUUUCCCCCCUCUAAAUUUUGACCUUUUCAAAAUGAGCUUUUUCUUUUUUUUCUUUUUCCCCUUUCUUUUUCUUUCUUUUUUUUCUCCCCCCCCCCCCCCCCCCGAAAGUGGAACAUAAAGCAAAUGUUUGCUACUUUUAUCAGUGGAGCCAAAUUCCGUGCAUUCUGGAUGCUUUUCACUGACAGAAAAAUUAUUCCGAAAUAAUUAGAGCUUGUAAGUGACACUGUAUGUCACUGUAACAAUAACAGCUAACUUGGCCUUCUGUGAAGUAUAUAUUUUCUCAAGAAAUUUCAAUCUAAUAGGCAAAACACUGAUUAUGAUGACCUUGGGAAAAUAUAGCCUAAAGAAAGUAGUGGAUGUUUGUGACUGUUUUGAAAUCUCCUCACUGGAGCAGUUUCCCGUUGAGGAGCUUUGUGCUUGUGUUACACCCCGUGGUGGGGCUCUCUCGCUUGCUCUGUCUUCAGCCUGGGUCCUGAAGGUUCUAAAGAGGGAGCAGGGGCAGCUUCAGUCCCUUCUGCUGAGGAGCUCCCUGGAGAAGGAAGAUAAGCUGUACAUAAAAAAUUGGUGCAACCAUUGUCUGAUUGUCUGCCUGAUUGUGGGACUGAACAGAGUUGGGGUGGGUACCAGUUUAUGCCAUGUAUACUUGUUUCCUCUGUUCCCAGUAGCAUGACUGAGCCUUGGGAACAGUUACUUAGUGGGAUUGUUGGGAGGCUUGAUGAGCUGCUGAAUUCUUCCUUGUCUAGUUUCCCUUGUCUAGGUUGCCUCACAUUAUCACUGAACUUUAUUAUUUUUCCACACACACAACUUUUAGAUCCAUACAGAUGACACUUCAUGCUGAAAAUGCAGUUAUACACCUCUCAUGCUUUGCAGCUGGUUUAGCCCCAGUGAAGGAAAUUCGUUUGGUAACUGAUCUGGGAAAGGAAAGUGCUUGAAAAUGCAGUUUCUAAUGCUUUCUUGUAGAUAGUCCCAUCAGACCAUACAAAGAACUCUUCCCAUCUGUAUUAUGAAAGAAAAAGGGGGAAUAUAAAAUUAAAAAAAAGGUCUUUUAAAAUUAAAACCUUCGAGAGCUUGAUUAAAUGUACUGUGAGAAAAAUGUGCGGUUCACUUCAGCUAUUGACUUGAGGUUUAUACAUUAUUGCCAAGUCCUGGAAUGAAUAAAGCUUUAAUGUUGAAAUCAGGAA